AUGGCCACCAUGUUUGCUUUCGUGACAGGCUAUGCCGACGUCAUCAGCAUGCUGCGGUACAAAUGUUUUUCCAGCAUGAUGACGGGGAAUGCCAUCAUGUUUGGUCGUGCCAUUGCGAAUCAAGUUUCAGCUUUCGAUGAAGGCCCAUUCUACUACGUCGUCAUCAUGUUUGCCUUUGCUUCCGGCGCCGUCUUGCAGCGCGUUAGCGAGCACUUCUUCCCAAACAGGGGAGGUAGCGUUAUUGCACUUCCCGUGGCCGCGUUGUUGCUUAUUGCCGAAGUCAUUGAAGUUCACAUGCCCUCCGAACAAGAUUGGACAGUGGCCGGCGUCUCACACUUGUUCGGCGUCGUGGCUUCUGCCUGCAGCACUGGACGAAUGGGAACCCACACAACCAUGGUUACCGGUCACAUGCUAAGUUUGGCAAACCACCUCUCCAACCUCAUGCUGACUGGCAGUCUGACGGCGCAGGACACAUGGAAAGCGAUCAUGGCUGUGAUGAUCCUUGUUGGCACGCUGGCCGGCGCCAUUCUUGGUGCCUUCAUGGUGGCAAUGGUCAACCUAAAGGUCCUUCUCAUGCCAGUCCCUGUCGUGCUGUACAUCCUUCUCUGGAUGCAUGAUCACCUUGCCAAGCCACGGUCGAUCAUCAAGAAGGUGCAGCACAGGAUGCGUGAAUCAGACGAGAAGGCGGCAGUCGAGAGCGGAACGCCGGAGCAGGAGACAUCAUCUUCUGAUGGCGAGAGCAGCGAUGCUGGCCUUGGGGUCUAG